UUCAAAUUUUAUUUUAAUCGAAUUUUGAUUUCAGAGGGCCAUGUAUGAUGCCUAUUUUUGCUGAUAAAAUAUAAAUUCACAGUUGAAUGUUCUUUCAACGUUCUCAUGGAUUGAUGUCUAGAUCAAAUUCACAUUGAAUCCUCUUGAACAUUGAAUUCUCUUGAACUUAUCAUUCUUCAGAAGUUCAAUUACCUUGGUUUGACUUGGAGGAAGCCGUGGGAAAAUUGAUUUGGAGAUGCGGGGUUUCGAUUUUUCUGUUGUUCUGGACGAUUAUGGUUCUGUUUCCAAGAAAAUCAUUUGCAAUUGACAGCAUAAAAGCAGGGGAAUCCAUCAAUGGCAGUAACCAAAUAUUAGUUUCAGCUCAACAGAAGUUUGUGCUGGGAAUUUUCAAUCCUAAAGACUCCAUAUUUCACUACUUGGGAAUAUGGUACAUGAACAUCCCACAAACGGUUGUGUGGGUAACAAACAGAGACAACCUACUUUUAAAUUCCUCUGUCAUACUAGCAUUCAAGGGAGGAAACCUGGUUCUUCAGAAUGAAAGAGAGGGAAUUAUAUGGUCUUCCAUUUCUUCAGAAUUUGUUAAGGUACCAGUUGCUCAACUACUAGAUAAUGGUAAUUUGGUUAUAAGAGAAUCCGGGUCUGAAAAUUAUGUGUGGCAGAGUUUUGAUUACCCUUCUGAUACUCUGUUACCGGGCAUGAAACUCGGUUGGGACUCAAAAACCGGUAUGAAGUGGAAGUUAACGUCAUGGAAGAGCUUGAACGAUCCGUCAUCUGGGGAUUUCACUUUUGGUAUGGACCCUGAUGGGCUUCCCCAGUUUGAAACUCGCAGAGGAAACAUCACAACAUACAGGGAUGGCCCAUGGUUUGGCAGUAGGUUUAGUCGCAGUUCUUUUUUUAGUGAAGUGGAAAUUACUUCACCACAGUUCGAUUAUAAUGCGGAAGGAGCAUUCUUUUCAUACGAGUCUGUGAACAAUCUCACUGUAAUAUAUGCACUGAACGCACAAGGCUACUUUCAAGAAUUGUAUUGGAAAGAUGAUGCAAAUGAUUGGUUCUCUUUGAAUGAAUUACCAGGAGAUGGCUGUGAUGACUACGGACACUGUGGAAAUUUUGGUAUUUGUACAUUUUCCUUCAUACCCCUCUGUGAUUGCGUUCAUGGGCAUCGACCAAAAUCUCCAGAUGAUUGGGGAAAGCAUAACUGGUCAGGUGGCUGCGUUAUAAGAGACAAUCGAACCUGCAAAAAUGGAGAGGGGUUUAAAAGAAUCAGCAAUGUGAAAUUGCCAGAUUCUUCAUGGGAUUUGGUGAAUGUUAAUCCGAGCAUUCAUGACUGCGAAGCGGCAUGCUUGAGUAAUUGCUCUUGCUUGGCCUAUGGAAUAAUGGAGCUUCCCACUGGUGGCAAUGGCUGCAUCACAUGGUUUAAGAAGUUGGUGGAUAUUAGGAUCUUUCCUGAUUAUGGACAGGAUAUCUAUGUGAGAUUAGCUGCUUCAGAAUUAGUUGUAAUUGCAGAUCCUUCAGAAUCAGGUAUCUGUUUCUUUUGGCCUUUGUCAGUGCUGAGGGCUGAGGGAUUGGAUGACACUGAGAGCUGCAAAAAGAGAUAUGUGCAUCCAAACAAGCGUAUAUUUUUCAUAUAUAUGAUUGAUCCUGAUAUAAUUGUUUGUUUCUUGUCUCCAAAUUUGGUUGAACCAGGUAAUGAGGUUGAGGCUCAAGAGGGUGACGUUGAGUCGCCACUCUAUGAUUUUACGAAGAUUGAGACUGCCACAAAUUAUUUUUCUUUUUCAAAUAAGAUUGGCGAAGGUGGCUUUGGUCCUGUGUACAAAGGAAUGCUUCCAUGUGGACAAGAAAUUGCAGUAAAAAGACUGGCAGAGGGUUCAAGCCAAGGGCAAACCGAGCUAAGAAACGAGGUUCUAUUGAUCUCCAAACUGCAACAUCGAAAUCUCGUCAAGCUACUUGGUUUCUGCAUUCAUCAACAAGAAACAUUGUUGGUCUAUGAAUAUAUGCCAAACAAAAGUCUUGACUAUUUUCUAUUUGAUGACAAGAAGCGAUCUUUACUUGGUUGGAAAAAGAGGCUGGAUAUUAUAAUUGGAAUAGCUCGAGGUCUUCUCUAUCUCCACCGAGACUCGAGGCUUAUAAUUAUACAUAGAGAUCUCAAAGUGAGUAACAUCUUACUUGAUAAUGAAAUGAAUCCAAAAAUUACGGACUUCGGUAUGGCGCGUAUGUUUGGUGAAGACCAGGCUAUGACACAAACGGAAAGAGUUGUUGGGACCUAUGGUUAUAUGUCUCCUAAAUAUGUAGUCGAUGGAUAUUUUUCAAUGAAAUCAGAUAUCUUUAGUUUUGGCGUUAUUCUUUUAGAAAUAGUUAGUGGUAAGAAGAAUAGAGGCUUCUUCCAUCCCGACCAUCAGCUAAAUCUUCUUGGACAUGCAUGGAAACUUUGGGAUGAAGACAACGCUUUGGAAUUAAUGGAUGAAACAUUGAAGGAUCAAUUCCAAAACUCUGAAGCCCAACGAUGCAUUCAAGUAGGACUUUUGUGCGUUCAAGAGAAUCCUAAUGAAAGGCCAGCUAUGUGGUCAGUACUUACAAUGUUAGAGAGUGAAAAUAUGGUAUUAUCUCAACCUAAACAGCCUGGAUUUUACACAGAAAGAAUGAUUUUUAAGACCCAUAAAUUACCAGUGGAAACCUCUUGUAGUUCCAAUCAAGUGACCAUUACACAGCUGGAUGGUCGAUAAGUAGAGUUUCUCUUUCACUGCAUUGCUUGACUGCCACACUGACGCCUUCGUUGUUUCUUUGAUAUCAGAUUUCAAAAAAUGUAUUUUUUCCAUUUAUAUUUAACAUGAAAUGAGGCAAGCCAGAAAAUUUUUGGAACUAAAGAGAGUUAUCUUCAAGUUUCCCCUCUAAGAUUAUUUAUAUAAAGAAGGCUUGGUUUUUACUGUAUUUGAUA